UGUGUGUGUGUGUGUGUGUGUGUGUGUGUGUGUGUGUGUGUGUGUGUGUGUGUGUGUGUGUGUUGUUGGAUUGUCUAAUUUCGUAACAAUACGCUUGCUGUCUUUUAAAAGCUGAUAGCAAGAAUGGUAGGAAUCUGGUAACAGUCUGCAGUUUCCUUGAGGCAAAACUUAAGCAGCGGAGACAUGUAAUUCAUUUUCAUCUCCGUCUCUUCUUCCUUGCUCAGCCCUAAAUCUCCCUCUUCCUAAUCCUCUCUUUCCCUUACAUCACACCUGCGUACAUCUGCUGCCCUUCCUUGUGCAUACUACCUCGCCCAUCCUAAGAGUAACUUUGCUCUCAGGCUUCUAUUUGCAUAUGAGUAUUAACUGCCUUUUAUUAAUGUUAAAUAAUCUAAUUACAUUUUCGUUAACCUUGAUAAAUACUUUUAGAAAAAUGUUUAUUUCAAUUUCACAGGAAUAAAUUUAAUCUCUAUUUACAUCACAAUGGCAUUCUUUGGUGAAUUCUUUGAACACUCAAUAAAAGAUAUAUCAAUCCGCUAUUUCCGAGGCUUGUCGGCAGAACGUCAUUUCCAGCCUUUAUGCAGAUUACUGUCAAUGGAGACUCAGACUCCUGCAAAGCUCGUUUUAUGUUGAUCCAUUUAUCCCGAUGAUCUGGUGCGCGGGGACUAAAGGUCUAGCGGGGUUCCCUGCUCUGCGUGGGACGGCAGCAAAGAGGUGGUGCUUUACAAGGUUCAUUUCGUCUUGCAACUUUAUUCGUUUUCUUUCUUUGUCCUUACCAUGUCGGUGUUAGUCAGGUAGUGCCUUCUCCCGUGCCUCAGUGGACCAUGUGAAGAGAAGAGUCGCUACUUCAGAACGCUCCUGCGCGGAGAUCUGAGGGGACACUCAGGAAGUGUCAUUCCUUCAAUAAAAGACGCGGCAACGCGGUAACUCGCGGUUACCAUGACGAUACAGGCCGGUGCAACCUAUACGUGAGUGGGUGACGCACCGUCAGUGGUGACCUUGGGUGAAGCUCGACGUGAUGAUGUGUGGGGCGGCGCGCCGCUAGGACUCGGGAAGGGCGUGGCGCCGCACUGCAGGACGCUUGAACAGACUGUGUGUUGCGGCGUGCUGCCCCUUGGCGGGGCGGCGGAGGUAGGAUGGAAUUGCUGUCUGGGAGAGGCGAAGUAAGGAGUGGGCGGGGGGGCGUGAGAAGUGGACGGGCCGUGGUGGGGGUGGACGUGGUGAGCCAAACCUUGCCAAGAAACUAUCGCGCCCCUUCCCAGCACCACUGCUGCCCGCCUGGGCCUCGGCCGUCCGUCCGUUGUGACAUGAGCAGCGACUCCCGCUGUGCUGGAUGCAUGUCCGACUCUUCACUGGAGGACCAGACUCGCCCGUGUCCCCCUCUGCCGCCAUACCCGCCACACCGCUACCACCGGGAGGAAUGGGUGGAUCCAGAAAUGGAUUGUGCCACCUGCCGCCUCCAGGCGCAGCCUCCCUGUGCCUGCUCCGACCCCUGCUGCCUUGGGGGGCCGACCUCGUUACGCACCCCGUGCUCGUGGGGGCGGCCAGGAAUCAUGCCAAGCCAGACUUCCCACCUGGGCUUAGUUCCCUGCCCCCCACAGCCCCCGACGGCCGGCAGAGCGUCGUCCGUUUGUGCGGCGACAUCGCUGCAGCAGGUGGGCAACGGGUGCUCCUCCAUCAGCAAUAAGAGCAGCAGUCGCGAGCACGUUCCACCUGAGCCUGGGAAACCUAAGCAGCACCAACACGCAGGUGGCGGGCUGGAGGUUCCUGCACAGGUGUGGGGCGGCGUGUGUCUUGUGCUCGUGUUGGCGGGCGUGGCAGGGGUGGGAGUGUCGGUGCCCCUCGCCCUCAGAGCUAACCCAGGGGCUGGUGUGCACGAACGACUGAACACCGCAAGGGCCCUGCUGACGGAGACCCCUUUGGUGGACGGGCACAACGACCUCCCUUGGAAUAUACGCAAGUUCAUGCACAACAAACUACACAGCUUCAACUUCACAGCCGAACUGAAGAAGCUCCGACCCUGGUCCAGAUCCUCGUGGUCCCACACUGACCUGCCUCGCCUGAGGGAAGGCAUGGUGGGGGCGCAGUUCUGGGUGAGCUACGUGCCGUGCGAGUCUCAGCGGCUCAACGCAGUCCAGCUAACCAUAGAACAGAUCGACCUCAUCAAGCGCCUCAUUGAGCAGUACCCUGAAGACCUGCGCCUCGCCACCUCCGCCGACGAGGUGGAGGCGGCCUUCAAGGAGGGGCGCAUCGCCAGCCUCAUCGGAGUGGAGGGAGGGCACGCCAUUCAGAACUCCCUGGGCGUGCUGAGGGCGCUAAGAGACCUCGGUGUGCGCUACCUCACCCUCACCCACACCUGCAGCACCCCAUGGGCUGAGUGUGCAAGGGCGCGGGAAACUGACCUAGAGGACCCAGACUCACCCAGAGGCCUCACGCACUUCGGCAGGACUGUGGUGCGGGAGAUGAACCGGCUGGGACUGCUGGUGGAUCUGUCCCACGUGUCCCAGGCCACCAUGCGGGAGGCGCUAAAGGUGUCGCGCGCCCCUGUUAUCUUCAGCCAUUCUUCCGUCUACGCCAUCUGUAAAAACCCAAGGAACGUGCCCGACGACAUCCUUCGAGAAGUGGCGGUGAACGGAGGCGUGGUGAUGGUGAGCUUCUACACCCACUUCCUCACCUGCAGCCAGCAAGCCUCCGUCAAGGAUGUCGUGGAUCACAUCAACCACGUGCGGAAAGUGGCUGGAGUGGAACACGUGGGCAUCGGAGCAGACUUUGAUGGUGUCAACAAGCUGCCGGAGGGGCUGGAGGACGUGUCACGCUACCCACAUCUCUUCGCUGAACUUCUCACCGACCCAAAGUGGAGCCUGGAAGAUCUCAAGUUACUGGCGGGAAAAAACCUCCUUCGGGUCAUGAGAAACGUGGAAAAGGUACACCUUGACAUGAAGAAGAAGAAGGAGAUGCCGUAUGAAGAGGAAGUGCCACCGGAUCAGCUAGAAGGCCUUACCUCCUGCAGCUACAAAUUUACAAAGGACGAUGAAUCCUAGUAAAACGUCGACAUAGGAAAAUUACCCCUUGCUUUGUGGGGCUGGGGUGGGUAGUGGAGUGUGGGGGGGAGUGUGUGCUGGGACGGGAGCUGUAGGAGUUGAAAUGGCGGUAGAAAAGCCAGUCUCCUUAGCUCCAAUCCCUCUAUUUUCACUCUUACUCUCACACUCAGAGAAAUAAUAUGUAGCCAUGCAGACUGACGAGCGGACACACACACACACACACACACACACACACACACACACACACACACACAGUUUUUUGGGACCAAAGUGACGGCCGGUGCUUAUCUUGAGGUGCUGAAGAACAACAGUGCUUGAUUUCAUUCUCAGUGACUGACGUAGCCUCGUGUGCGUGUGUGUAUGCAUUACUCACUGAAAAGGAGGAAAUAGAGGAGUGGGAGAAAAAUAAGGAGAAUGAACAAAGAAGAACACGAGAAAAAAAGAAGGACCGUAGACAAAUAAAAAAAAAAAAAAAAACAUUAUACUAAAAAAUACACCUCGUACCACAAAACGUAUGAGGAUGGAAAGCACGAGACCCAAGUACGGGUGUGACAAACAGACGCAACGAGUGAGAUACCGAAAAUAAGUAAAGCAGAACAAGAAAACGGGAAGACGCUCUGAUGUGACGAGGAAAGAAAGUGAACGAGAGAACAGGUGGAGAAGGAAGACUACACUGCCAGGCUUGGGGGGGCGGAGGCAGGGGGAGGCCUCUGUCCACCCUAGCCAGAGGGACCAGAGAAGCAAAUGGUGCACCACGUAAGGGCCAUACUCUGAAACACUUCUGCGCCGCACCUCCGCUAUUUCAAAAGGGUCUGCUUGAAGUGACACAGGUUGUUAAGGGUGCUUUUGCGGUUCUAGUGACAGAUCAAUACGAUUUCUACUUUAUUUAAAGGAGAAACGGUCUUGAGAACCAGGCUAAUUGUUUGUGUGUCCUCUGAAAAUAGUUGUGAUGAGCGAACAGAGAGUUUCUGAAUACGGGCUUCACACUGCUUGUAUAUAAUUUUUUUUUAUUCCUCCUCUUCCUUCUUUAUUCUUCGACGUUCCGUGUAGUUUUUAUUCAUAUUUCAUCUCACGUCCUCCUCCUCUUCCUGCCGCAGUUCCAAAUGAGUGACACGAGCGAUGGCCGCCUCACACUUCAGGGAUUUCACGUCAGCGGCCUCGUAACUGUUGUUGUUCUUGUCAGUGUUAAAAAGGUAGCUCUUCAGUGAGAUGACCUUAGUGUGUGUUACGAGGAGGAGGAAGAGGAGGAGGAAGAGGAGGAGGAGGAGGAUUCACACACUUACCCAUACAUACACACACACACACACACACACACACACACACACACAACUGGGAAGGGACUAAUACGGCUUUCGGGGAAUUACUCUAUUGAAGGGAGGACAAGACUUAGUGCUAUUAGACAUUAGUGUGAUUAUUGUGUCUCCUGUUAGGCCAUGAUCACUUCAGUGUGGUUGAUGUAUUAUUUACGUGCGGACUCUAUGUUCUCCUCCCGCCGUGGCUGAGGGAGGGAGCACCAAAGGCGAUGUGAGGAGAGAUUAUUUUUCUGACCAAGUUGAGUGUGUGCGGGGAUGGAACAAUAAAAGGGCAAAAAUUUGUGUACCCGAAAGAAGCAGUGCUGUGUCUCUCAUAUUUUCCUGUAGCACACACACACACACACACACACACACACAAACACGUAAACCCCACUCCAUCACCCAUAUAUAAACACACGCAAAAGCACUCAGACACACACACACACACACAUACACACCACACAGAGAUACCCAACGAGCGAGCCACGCCCACCCUUGUUGCCUUCUAUUCCCAAGCAUUUUUCUUGACAACCCAACGAAAUGGAGGGGCGUCCCUGGCUGCGCGUGGCCUGUCAGGUGCUGCUUCUGAAGGUGGAGCCGUCGCCCUGUCCUCCGCAACUUUUGUUCACUUCUUAAAACUUGUGCCUGUUGGUGUUCGCUGAAGGGGAGGCGAGACCAAGACAAGGCGCUGGUCAGGUAGGAGUGUAAAAUGUUAGAUUUGUUUUCCGUCAAACGCACAAACACAGCACUAGCCGAUACGUACACGAUUACAGUGUGUGUGUGUGUGUGUGUGUGUGUGUGUGUGUGUGUGUGUGUGCGUAACUCCCCGUAUUAUCCCGCCUCUGGAUAGGACCUGAAUCGUCAUCACGUCAGCUGUAAUAUUAAAAAGAGAAAUGUACACAUUUUUCAUUGUAAAUAAAUAUAUAUAUCUAAAAAAAUAAUAAAAUACCA